AUGACUAGCAGUCUGGCCUCUCUUCCUGCUGACAGUGUGGGAGGGUCAGGACAGGCUGAGCUGGAGGAGGAAAUGCUGGAAGAACCAAAAUAUGUUCAUGUGUUAAUACGUUUACUCUCUUCUAACAGGGGAAAGAAAAUGACCUCCAGCCGCAGGCAUCAUCUGAAGAGUUUGAUGCUGCAGAUCGCUGCCAGCUGGAUCGAGCAGGAGAAGAAAGACAUCGAGGCAGCGAAGGAGGCUUACAUGGCAGAGAACUGCCCCGACCCUGACCUCAGUGGAGACCAGAACGCUCUCAUGGAACUCUGCAAGAAGCUUCAGGCUGCCAUUGACAAAAUCGAUGAAGCGAGAUACGACGCUGAGGCCAAAGUUCAGAAGUCUGACAAAGAGAUCGAGGAUCUGAAGCUGAAGGUGGUGGAGCUGGCUGGCGUGAAGAAGCCCGCCCUGAAGAAGGUCCGCAUGUCCGCCGACGCCAUGCUGCAGGCUCUGCUGGGAGGCAAACACAAGGUCACCAUGGACCUGAGGGCCAACCUGAAGCAGGUCAAGAAGGAGGUCAAGGAGGAGCCCACAGAGGCUGUCGGCGACUGGCGUAAGAACAUCGAGGACAAAGCUGACAGGAAGAAGAUGUUCGAGACUUCCUAAAUUUCCUCCAGUGCUACCGUGGCCAUGACGGGGAGCCAUCUCUGCCCGAGGUCAGUGUCCCGGCUGGGCACUCAGGGACAUUUUUUUCAUGUUUCCUUUUGUCUGGAGAGAGACUGAGAGACCAGAACCCGGAUCAUGUGUGACAGUUUUCACGGUCUGACACAGCAACAUCAGCUCACAAAUGUACAGGUACUUCAAUAA